GCAUGAGGUCCUCAGCUGCCCUUCCCACCCUGCUGCUCCUCACCCUGCAGCUCACAGCUUGGGCAUCGGCAGCACCGAGCUAUGUGGUCACCUGCCCAGCUGUCAUCUACCACCCCCACACCACCACCCUGUGGGUCCAUCUCAGUGGCCUCCACGAGCCUGUGCAGGCGACCAUCCAGCUGCAGAGGGCAGCCAAGACCCAGAGCAUCACCCUGCUGGACAGGGAGGUCCGGGAGCCUCGUCUGUACCUGAACAUCACCUUCCCUGCUCCAGCCCCUGCCCAAGGGGAGGAGGAGGUGGCAGAGCUGCAGGUCUCCAUCCAGGGAGGGUCCCUCCAGGUCUCUGAAAAGAAGAAGGUGAUGCUGAAGGCUCUGCAGCCUGGCAUCCUCAUACAGACAGACAAGGCUGUCUACAAGCCUGGGCAGCAAGUGAGGCUCCGAGUGCUGUCCCUGGAUCCAGACUUGGUUGCCAGCAAUGAGAAGCUUCCCCUUGUGCUCCUCAAGGACCCCAGCGGGAACCGCAUCGCGCAGUGGCAGGAUGUGACCCCGCAGCAGGGCAUCGUGGACCUGUCCCUGCCCCUGGCUGCAGAGCCAGCCCUGGGCACCUACACCAUCGAGGUGGAGGGGAAGACUCAGUCCUUCAGCGUGGCAGAAUAUGUGCUGCCCAAGUUUGAGCUGAGCAUUGACCUCCCCACCGUGGUGCUGGAGAAGGAUGAGAAGUUCCGGAUGGAGAUCUGUGGACGGUACACCUAUGGGAAGCCUGUCCAGGGGAAGGUCCAGGCCAGCUUCUGCAAACCCUCGAGGCACAUCAGGUUCAUGUCCAGACCUGAGGAUCCUCCUCCCAAAGAGAACAACUGCAUGGAGGUCAGGGGGAAGGCUGGGAGGAAUGGCUGCUUUUCCACAGAGGUCUCCUUGGCUGCCUUCAACGUCACCAGGUCCAUGCAUGAGAAGCCAAUCCAAGUCCAGGUGUCGCUGGUAGAGGAUGGGACAGGGCUGGAGGUGAGAGGCACCAAGAGCCUCGAGAUUGUGCCCGAAAGCUUCACCGUCACCUUCGAAGGCACCGAUGGUUUCUACAGGCCUGGCAUCCCCUACACUGGCAUGAUGCUGCUGAAGGGAGCUGCCGGCGCCGCGCUGCCGCACAAGCAGCUCCUGCUCAUCGUGAGCCAGCAAGGAGGAGAGGUGAGGCAGACCCUCCUGACUGACUCCUCAGGGACAGCCUCCUUCGAGCUGGACACCUCUGGCUGGACUGGCAGAGUCUCCUUGGAAGGCCAAGUCAAGAAGCCAUCUGACAGCGAGAAGGAUGUCUUGGACCCCCCCUACUACAGUGCCCACUGGAGGGUCAGCCCUUUCUUCUCAGCCAGCAAGAGCUUCCUGCAGCUGCGCUGGGGGCAGAGCAGGGCAGCCUGUGGCCAGCCCCAGCAGCUCUGGGUGGACCUCAUCCUUAGCAAGGAGGCCUUGGGGACUGAGCUGGACAACGUGGAUGUGGUCUUCCUGGUCCUGGCCAAGGGCACCCUUGCCACUGUCCUCAGGAAAGAGCUGCCUGCAGAGCCUGGGCUGAGAAGCUUCUCCCUGGAGCUGCCCAUCAGCCACAAGCUGGCACCCCAGGUCAAGGUGCUGGCCUAUGCUGUGCUGCCCAGCGGUGAGAUGGUGUCGGACAGCAACGAGCUGCAGGUCAACUGCUUGCCCAGCCAGGUGAAGGUGGCUUUUUCCGAGGCCAGGGCUCUGCCCGGCUCGGCGCUGCGGCUGCAGCUGGAGGCUGCCCCUGGCUCCCUGUGUGCCCUCCGUGCCCUGGACCGCAGUGUGCUGCUCCUGAGGCCCCAGGCUGAGCUCAGUGCAGAGCUGGACGCAGCGCUGAAGCUUUUCACCAACGCCAGGACCGGGGAUGACUGCAAGGAGAGGACCUUUGGCUUGCCUGGGCCCCCAGCUCCCAGAGGUGAGCCCAGCCUCGUGGGUUUGUCGGUGCCACAUGCUGCCUCAGGAAGAAGGGGAUUUGUCAUCCCAGACCACACUGCCCCUGAGGAGCCUCCAGCCCCCCGGACCUACUUCCCAGAGACCUGGCUGUGGGACCUGGUCCCUGUGGGGGAGAGCGGCUCUGCGGAGGUGGCAGUGACAGUGCCCGACACCAUCACCAGCUGGGAAGCUGGGAUGCUCUGCACAUCUCCCCUGGGCUUGGGGCUGGCCCCUGCCACCACCCUGACCACCUUCAAGCCCUUCUUUGUGGAGCUGGCACUGCCCUACUCCGUGGUCCGCCAGGAAGCCUUCACCCUGGUGGCCACCGUCUCCAACUACCUGCAGCAGUGCCUGCGGGUCCAGGUGAGGCUGGAGGAGUCUCUGGAGCUGGAGGUGUCAGCAGAAGCAGCUGAGGAGCACGGCAGCUGUGUCUGUGCAGGAGAGGCCAGGACCUUCCGCUGGGACGUGCGAGCCACCAGCCUGGGGGAGGUGAACAUCACUGUCAGCACCGAGGCCCUCCGCUCUGCAGAGCUCUGUGGCAACGAGCUGCCCGUGGUGCCAGCCCAGGGUGCUGUGGACACUGUGAUAAAGCCUUUGCUGGUGCAGCCCGGGGGCAUCCUGGUGGAGAAGGCACACAACUCCCUGCUCUGCCAGGAAGCCGCUGAAGAGAUCUCCCUGGAGGUUCCUGCAGAGGCCUUGGAGGGCUCCCAGCGAGCCCAGGUCACGGUGAUGGGUGACAUCAUGGGCAACGCUGUGCAGAACCUGGACCGCCUGCUGGCCAUGCCCCAUGGCUGUGGGGAGCAGAACAUGGUUCUCUUUGCCCCCAACAUCUACAUCCAGCAGUACCUGGAGAAGACUGGGCAGCUGCAGCCCGAGCUCCGUGCCAAGGCCCAGAGCUUCCUGCAGAGAGGGUACCAGCAAGAGCUGCUCUACAAACACAGCGACGGCUCCUACAGUGCCUUUGGGAAGAGUGAUGCAGAAGGCAACACCUGGCUGACGGCUUUUGUCCUCAAGUCCUUCGGGCAAGCCCGAGCCUAUGUGGCCAUCGAGGAGCAGCACAUCCGGGAGGCGCUGCGCUGGCUGCAGGAGCAGCAGCAGCCGCGGGGCUGCUUCCGCAGCGUGGGGAAGCUCUUCAACAACGCUCUGCAGGGCGGUGUGUCGGACGAGCUCUCGCUGUCAGCCUAUGUCACUGCUGCCAUGCUGGAGCUGGGGCUGCCUCCGACGGACCCGACGGUGAGCUUAGCCCUGCAGUGCCUGGAGGCCUCGGCCGCCGAUGACCUCUACACUCAGGCGCUGCUCGCCUACGUCCUGGGGCUGGCAGGGCGCUGGGAGCAGCAGCAAGCCCGGCUGAAGAGCCUGGCUGAGCGCAGCAUCAGUGCAGAGGGGCAGCUCCACUGGCAGAGGAAGGGGAAGGCUCUGCCCUUCUCGCAGGGCUCUUGGGCUGCUGCUGCCCCAGCAGAGGUGGAGAUGACUGCUUACGUCCUCCUGGCCUACCUCACCCAGCCCCAGGUGUCCUCUGCCGACCUGGGCACCGCCUCCCGCAUCGUCCGCUGGCUCAGCAGGCAGCAGAACCCCUACGGGGGCUUCGCCUCCACACAGGACACCGUGGUGGCCCUGCAAGCCCUGGCCAAGUAUGCUGCCCUGACCUACGGUGAGAACGGCGACUUCGUGGUGACAGUGACGUCCCCGACGGGCACCACGCAGCGCUUUGAGCUGCACAACAGCACCAGGCUGCUGCUGCAGCGGGCGGCUCUGCACCAGCUGCCGGGGACCUACGGGCUGCGAGCCCGCGGGCAGGGCUGCGCCCUGCUGCAGGUGACCCUCAGGUACAACGUGCCACCCCCCCCCGGCGCGGGGGCCUUCCACCUCUGCGUGGAGACCAAGCCCCGGACGUGCAAGGGGGAUGCCCGCCGCCGCUUCCGCCUGCUCCUGCGGGCACGGUACACCGGGAAGCGUCCCACCACCAACAUGGCUGUGAUUGAGGCCAGGCUGCCCUCUGGCUACGUCCCGGACAAGACGUCGGUGGCAGAGCUGAAGAGGCAGCAGCUGGUGAAGAAGGUGGAGGUGCAGCCUGAGCAGGUGACCAUUUACCUGGACCAGCUAACAAAGGAGAAGGAGACCUUCACCUUCUUUGCCAAGCAGGAUGUCCCAGUGAUGGACCUGCAACCGGCCACCGUGACACUGUAUGACUACUAUGAGACAGGUGAGACCCACUGGGGGCAGGUGAGACCCAUUGGGGACAGGCGAGACCCAGUGGGGGCAGGUGGGACCCAUUGGGGGGAGGCGAGCCACACUGGGGACAGGUGA